AUGACCGUCCUGACCGCUUAUGGUGGAAUCCCUCUGAGAAAUUCCACUUACUUGGAUGACCAUGGACCACCUCCUAGUAAGGUGCUACCUUUCCCAAGCCAGGUGGUGUACAACAGAGUGGGCAAGUGUGGGAGUCGGACCGUCGUCCUGCUUCUGAGAAUCUUGUCAGAGAAGCAUGGAUUCAAUUUGGUCACGUCAGACAUUCACAACAAAACCAGGCUUACUAAGAACGAGCAAAUGGAACUGAUUAAAAAUAUAAGUACUGCCGAACAGCCCUAUUUAUUCACCCGACAUGUUCAUUUCCUCAACUUCUCAAGGUUUGGAGGAGACCAGCCUGUCUACAUCAACAUCAUCAGAGAUCCCGUCAACCGGUUUUUAUCCAACUAUUUUUUCCGUCGGUUUGGAGACUGGCGAGGAGAACAGAAUCACAUGAUUCGCACCCCCAGCAUGAGGCAGGAGGAGCGCUACCUGGACAUCAAUGAGUGUAUUCUUGAAAACUACCCCGAGUGUUCCAACCCCAGGUUAUUUUACAUCAUUCCGUAUUUCUGUGGACAGCACCCCAGAUGCAGGGAGCCUGGUGAGUGGGCCCUUGAAAGAGCAAAGCUGAACGUGAAUGAAAACUUCCUGCUUGUGGGGAUUCUCGAAGAGUUGGAAGACGUGCUGCUUUUACUGGAAAGAUUUUUACCUCAUUACUUCAAGGGUGUACUCAGUAUCUACAAAGACCCAGAGCAUAGGAAACUUGGAAACAUGACUGUGACCGUGAAGAAGACCGUCCCCUCCGCCGAGGCUGUGCAGAUCCUCUACCAGCGAAUGAGGUAUGAAUACGAGUUCUACCACUACGUCAAGGAGCAGUUCCACCUGCUGAAGCGCAAGUUCGGACUCAAGUCUCGGGUCAGCCACCCGCCGCUGAGACCCCAGUUCUUCAUCCCGACCCCACUGGAAACCGAGGAGCCCAUCGACGACGAGGAACAAGACGACGAGAAGUGGCUCGAAGAUAUUUAUAAGAGGUGAUGCCAGCGCUGUGUGGCCUCCAGUGGCUUAAUCUCCCUUUCCAGAAAGUUUGUGUGUGUGUGUGUGUUGGGGGAAGAAAAAACUCCUUAAGGGACGAAAUGAAUGCUUCACAGCAUUAAAAAGAACAAGCGUUCCCACAGGUUGGGGUCACUGGGAGAUGCCCGGUUUUGCGGGUUUUAUUUGUUUUAAUUUUAUUCUGUGUUUUUCUGGCUCCUUGAGUCCUUCCCAGGUACACUAGAUGGCUCCAUCCCAAGGCAUCUUGUCAUAAAAUAGCUUUUCUUCCCCGAGUAUAAAUGAGAGAAGAGGGAGAAACAGAGCCGACAGCCCAGAAACUCAUUAUUUGUCACCUGUAAAAGUAUUACCUCAGUGGUUGAAAAUGUCCAGACUUGUAUAUUUCAGUAAAAAUGCAAAACCACUGCAGGAGGCCUACUCUAGAAGGCUCUAAGAGGAAAUGGUAAGACAGAUAAGGACAUCAGAAAGGGAGGAUGUCCCUGGAUAAGUGAUUUCUGCCCACACGGUUGAAUUCUGCCCCUGGUCCAUCUCGGGGGACACUUUCACCCAGAGCAGCACAUGUAUUGUUUCUGAAAGACCAAGUCGGCUUCUGCCACACCUUCGAUCAGCCCAGAGCCUUGAGUACCUCUCAAGGUCAAAGUGUGUGGCAGGCUCCAUUGAGACAUUCUGUCCACAAGCUCCAUUCUGCCAGACUUCAAAGUAGCAUAGCCAGGAAAGGAAUUUGUUGGCUGUGUAAGGAAGAGCAUAGGCAAGACAGAUCGACUCUGAAGGACAUGUGGCCUAGGAAAAUGGCAUGACGAUGUCCUUUCCCCCUGGUACGAAACAUCUCUCAUUGGCAUUGUUUUACCUGGAAAUCCAGGAACUGAUUGUAGCUCUGACACUUGAUUCCUGUGACCUAAGUUCUAAGCCUGACCACAGACGGCAUGAUCUACCAGGCACACCCCUGGCCAGCAGGGUCCCAAGUAGCUGGUGCCUUUCACCUUCUGGUCCCUUAAGAGGUAUGUGUUUGGGGUGGAAAGUGAUACUGAGUUCUGUGCAAGCAGCACUCAAACUGAAGUCAACUUAUUAUGGAAGCAGCUCCCUCCUGAGAAACCCUUACUAGGAGGUCAGUAAGAAAAGCAGGAACUUCUGGGUAAGAGACUGCUUGGCCAGCUUCAUUAGUAAGUGUCUGCCCCCAAAGUGAUCUGAAUAGAAGCUGGACAGGCCCAUUCAUUCAAAAUAUCUCCUCCCCAGACCAUUCCCAUCACCUGCCCCCUCUGUGUGAUGCCUUGGUUCAAUCAUCAGCAAUCUAUUUCUUUGGAUUUUGAAAUGUCUUCAUCUGUGACCAUCCCCUUCCAAAAACACGUAUACUUCUGGGCAGAUAAUACACAGUCAGCCUACAAGCGGCAGUGCAGGUGGUAGUGGCAGGCAGGAUCCUAGGGACAAAUUUUGUCUCCUUCAGGUUUUUCCCCUAGAGCCAGCCCUUCAGGAGCAUUAGCAAAGUGUGAGUUGGGAAUACUUCACAGUAAAUAAGACUCAGACUUUACACAAGCUACACAUUUUCUACUUUUCAGAAACCAACAAGUCUCUCUAGAAUUUUUUCUUCGUUCACUAAAAUUGGACGGUAGCCAAGAUAUAAAGCAAGUCAUUUGGAACCUGUCAAGUGUGCACUAAAGCUACUUUAUCAUGAGAUGUAUUGAGAAGGCUCCACCCUGCAGGAGUCCAGUGAAGGCUGGGACCACAGAGGCACAGAGUCCAGCAUUUGGCCACUUGUGAGCCUCCUUUCUGUUUCAGAGAACUGGAGCAGGAAAGUGAUGCAGGGAAAUGUGCUUAGAAGAGGAAAUAUCCUUUGUCCUGUUUAGAGAGACCAGGGCCCUAUUGUUAGGCUUACUUUAAAAAUCAACCCAGAGAACAGCUGUCAUAGUCAACAUAGAGUAAGAGCUAUUGCCUGGUACAUUGUGAAUCACUCCUUUGAAAUUGCCUAUAAAGAACAAUCCUUAGUUUACACACUGUGCAAUCCCACUAUCUGAAAAUAAGGUUCCCUGAGUGUUCUCUGCUGUUGUCAGAACAUCAGGACAAUUGGUCAUCUUUAAAAAAUGCAUCCUCUUAAUGCAAGUGCAUGUGAGCACUUCUACCUGUGUGUUCAAAAGCAAUUAUUGUCAGCAGUAAUCACUGUAACAUCAGAGGCUGACUGAUUUACUUACCAGGACUUGAUGUAAUUUUGCCCAACAAACAGCCUCUGGGCCCUAGAAGUCAAGGCACUUCAUCAGUUUAUUUGGCACAUACGACAACAUUUCUCUGGCCCUGAGCCCAACACAGUUUGUACUUCAUGAAAUAUAUUGUACAUUUUACAUAGUUUAAUUUAAAAAAUACAUUUUAAGCUGGUUGAUCUUUGACUGCCUUAUUUAUUAUAACCUUUCAGCACAUUCCAAGGUUUUAGUUACUCAGGAAGGAGUUAAUUAAAAUGAUUUUAUUUUGGUCUGAUGGAUGUUUUUUAAAAGGAAAAUUAUUAUUAUGAACCUUCAGCCUACUUUCCUUGAGUGCCCUAAAAGUGCUUGUAAAUCGUUUUGUUUUUGUUUUUUUUUUUUCAAGAAGAAAGAAAAAAUGGUAUUUGACAUUGAUGGAAAUUCAAAAGUAUAUAUGGAACUGAAACAUUAGCUUAGCUAAAAUAAAAGCAAUCUGUGUUUGAGAUGAAGUGUUCCUUAACUUAUUCAUUACCCAUGUAAAUAAAUGAAUAUAAAUAAGUUGAUAUUUUUUCCCAUUCUGUUGAGAGCUGGAAAUAAAAGUGCCUGCAGAUUC